AUGAAGGUUCUUCGGUUAUCACGCAAUUGGACCGCUCUCCAGCGCGGCGUCGUGCAGAGGCGCGCUGGCAUUGCCAGCCUCACACCUCCCCACCACGCAUCCGCCGUCUCCCGCCUGCCCUCGACCGUCGACGUCGAGUCUCCCGAGUUCCGCGACAAUGAGGCCGCCAUGUCCACCGUCAUGGACAAAAUGCACACCCUCACCGCCAGGAUCCAGCAGGGCGGUCCCGAAAAGGCCAGGCAGAAGCACCUGCAGAGGGGCAAGAUGCUGCCCCGCGACCGCGUCACGGCCCUCAUCGACCAGGGCACCACGUUUCUCGAGCUGAGCCCCAUGGCCGGCUACGAGCUGUAUCCAGAGGCGGAGGUCCCGGCGGGCGGCAUCAUCACAGGGGUCGGCGUCGUCGAGGGCGUGCGGUGCAUGAUUGUCGCCAACGACUCGACUGUCAAGGGCGGCACCUACUACCCCAUCACCGUCAAGAAGCACCUGCGUGCCCAGGCCAUUGCCCAGGAGAACAACCUGCCCUGCAUCUACAUGGUCGACUCGGGCGGCGCCAACCUGCCACACCAGGCAGAUGUCUUCCCGGACAAGGACCACUUUGGCCGCAUCUUCUACAACCAGGCGCGCAUGUCGGCGCAGGGCAUCCCCCAGAUCUCCGUCGUCAUGGGACCCUGCACGGCCGGCGGCGCCUACGUCCCCGCCAUGAGCGACGAGAGCAUCAUCGUCGGCGAGCAGGGCCACAUCUUCCUCGCGGGCCCGCCCCUCGUCAAGGCCGCCACCGGCGAGGUCGUCUCGCCCGAGGACCUGGGCGGCGGCAAGAUGCACUGCUCCGUCUCCGGUGUCACCGACUACCUUGCCGUCGACGACGCCCACGCCAUCACCCUCGCCCGGCGGUCCAUCUCCAACCUCAACUGGCCCGAACGCUCCACGGCCGCCAAGGCCUACGACGAGCCCCUCUUCCCCCAGGAAGAGCUCCUCGGCAUCGCCACGACCAACCUCCGCAAGCCCAUGCCCAUCCGCUCCGUCAUUGCGCGCAUCGUCGACGGCUCGCACUUUUCCGAGUUCAAGCGCGACUUUGGCACCACGCUCGUUACCGGCUUCGCCAGCAUCCACGGCCACAAGGUCGGCAUCGUCGCCAACGACGGCAUCCUCUUCCCCCAGUCUUCCCAAAAGGGGGCGCACUUUAUCGAGCUCUGCGCCCAGCGCGGCAUCCCCCUCGUCUUCCUCCAGAACAUCUCGGGCUUCAUGGUCGGCAGCGCCGCCGAGCGGGACGGCAUCGCCAAGCACGGCGCCAAGCUCGUGACGGCCGUCGCCUGCGCCGACGUGCCCAAGUUCACCGUCGUCGUCGGCGGCAGCUACGGCGCCGGCAACUAUGGCAUGUGUGGCCGGGCCUACAGCCCCCGCUUCCUGUGGAUGUGGCCUAAUGCGAAGAUUGGCGUCAUGGGCGGGGAGCAGCUCGCCAGCGUCAUGGAGACGGUCGGGCAAAAGGUCGACCCGGCGCUCAAGGAGAGAAUUGACCGGGAGAGCGACGCCACAUUCUCGAGUGCACGGUUAUGGGACGACGGCAUCAUCCCGCCACAGCAUACGCGACGAUACCUCGGUCUCGGUCUCGACGCGGCCAUGGGUGGGCGCAACGAGCACAAGGCCGGUGCCACGAAAUUCGGCGUCUUCAGGAUGUAG